AUGCAGAUUCUCGACGGUAUCCUAAUUGCGAACGAGAUUGUGGACGAGGCUAGAAGGAAGAAAAAGGAAGUGCUUAUGUUUAAAGUCAAUUUCGAGAAGGCAUAUGAUUCGGAGGACUGGAGUUUUCUGGACUAUGUGAUGUCAAAGAUGGGGUUAAACAUCCAUGAUAAAUGGCUUGAAGAGGCGUCAAAGUUACUGAAGUGUCAAAAAGGCUCUAUUCCAUUCAAAUAUCUUGGCCUUCCUAUUGGUGACAACCCGAACAGAAUUAAUACUUGGCAGCCUGUUAUAGAGGCUGUGAGGAAAGUGGAAAUGGAAAAUCAAAUCGGAAAGACACGGAUUGUGGUUAAAUGCGUUGAAGAAAAGAUAUGGGGAGGAAGAGGUCAUGAGGAGCAUAAUAUAGGAGAUUGGGAGAGCUCAAAGUAUUAUUAUGUUAAAGGAGUGUAUAAAGGUUUAGCAUAUUUUGAGCUUGAUCACUAUGUUGAUGCUUGGCCUAAGAUUUGGCACAAAGCGAUUCCUUCGAAAAUAUCCUGCUUUGGAUGGAGAUUAUUUCAGAAUAGUCUAGCUAAUAAGAAUAACCUUUAUAGAAGGAAUGUCAAUGGCAAAGGAUCUAUUAGGUGUAUCGGGGGUUGUGACACUGUUGAAUCUAUACCUCACUUGUUUUUCGAGUGUCUGUAUUUUUCAGGUAUAUGGAAAUUCGUUUGCAAGUGGCUUCGCAUAUCCACUGCCUUACACGGAGAUAGUAUAGCCCAUCUUGCUCAAUUUGAAGGUCUAAUUGGAGGUGAUAAGGAAAUAUCGUCGAAAGUCCGAGUGAUUUGGCUAGCUUGCUGCUGGAGCAUUUGGAAAGCUAGGAAUGCCAAAAUCUUCAACAACAAAGAAGUGGAAACGAAAAAGAUAAUUGAAGACUCUAUCGAGUAUUCUUGGAGGUGGUUGUCAUCAGUUAACGCGGAUGUGCAAUACAACUAUGCUCAAUGGAGGACAAAUCCUAGGCCUUGUCUCGACCUGGAAUCUUAA